CUUAGCCCAAGCCAGUCCGCGUAACCAAACCAAAUCAGAAAUGUAGUUUCGUUAGUGGGCCAGUUCCCUCCACCCAUGAAUCGAAACCCUGUCUUAAUCCAAACCUUUCGCUCUUCAAAGAAAGACAAAAACAUACAAAUAAUUACCCAAAAAAAAAGGAAUAAUAAAACAAAUAAAACCUCUCGACUUCAAUAAGAGGGAGAGACAUCGGUAGAACAAAGAGAAGAAGGAAGAAAAAAGUUGAAAAGAAAAGAGAAGAAAAGAUGAUGUCCGGAGGUUAUACCAGCAUUGAUAAUCAGAAAGUUUCUGGAUCUGUUCCCGCAGUUUCAGAUCCCGGCCACGUGGCCGUCAAAUUCACAGAUUCGAGCCUUCAAACAUUUCCUCCAUCCAGUGCGCAGGGGAAGAUCUCUGGUGGAACUCAACCUCCUCGUGAUGCAGAUGAUUCAUUUUCAAGACCUGUUGGUGGCUCUGAUGAACCGCAAGGAAGUGGCUGGUUUCGUACAUUCACAGUUGCUGCAUACAAGCCAUACUUCGAUGUUGAUACUUCAGAUGUUUUGGAUAGACUUAAGGAGUCACUCUUUCCAUUUAGAGGAACAUUUACGGAGAAAACAUCUACCAGCCCAGAUUUAUAUGGACCAUUCUGGAUAUGUACCACUCUUAUAUUUGUAGCAGCAUCUAUUGGGACUUUUGUGACCUAUAUAGCACACAAGCUCAAGAAAAAAGAAUGGGAUUAUGACAUAAAUCUGGUGACAUGGUCUGCUGGUGUGUUCUAUGGCUAUGUCACUGUGGUUCCUCUUGCCUUGUAUGUUAUUCUCAAGUACUUCUCAGCACCUUCAGGCCUUGUCCAGCUGUUUUGUCUGUAUGGAUACUCCUUAUUUGUCUUUAUUCCAGCAUUGUGUCUGUCUGUUGUCCCCUUGGAAAUUUUCAGAUGGGUAAUUGCAGGUGUAGCUGGAUUCAUGUCGGCAACUUUUGUGGCACUUAAUCUCAAAGCUCAUAUUAAGUCAGCUGGGGAAAGAUGGUUCUUGAUCGUUGCUAGCAUCUUUCUGUUGCAGCUGGCUCUCGCUGUUGUCCUCAAACUCUAUUUGUUUACUGUUACCGUGUAAGAUUUAACUGUUCUUUGAUAAGCCAAAAUCAGUUAGUUAUAGAUCAGAAAGAAAGAGAAUUUUGGGCCUUUGACUUUUAAUGGUUACAAUCUUUGGCGGCAAUAUUUUAUUCUUGAUCAAGUAAAACAUCUUGUAUUCAUUCAUUUGUAAUGCAUAUAAAUGCAAGUGACUAUUCCCACAUGAUUGCUUUCGAUCA